GCCGUGGCUGCGCGCGCGCACACUCGCUCCGAUCUUUCACUCGCUGCGUCGUUUCUCGCCCUUUGUCGAUACACCGGUGCGGGAGUUUUCCCUACGCGGGUUCAGUGCGUGAAAAGUUUGUGAAAAAUUGGACGAAUUUUCAGUUAAGCGCCCCCUCGAUAACGAGACAUCAUGAGUUCCAACGACUUUAGGCUGGAGCGGUACGUUGAGUUGUCACCGGAAUCCAAAGAAAUAGCAGAAAAGGAGUUGAGAGAGACUCCAGAGAGAGUCAAGGAGGCGCUAGAAAAGUUAAGAGAACUCCUCAAGGAAAACACAGACCUCUAUUUUGGCGACGACGAUGAAACGCUGACGAUAUUCCUGCGGCCAUGCAAGUGGUACCCAGAGAGCGCAAUAGCACUGAUGAGGCGCGUGGCGGAGUUCAAGCGCGACAACGCCAGCCUCAUCAACGGGCUGCUGCCGGAGCACGAGAUGACGGCCUUCCUCGAGCACAAAGUCGUCAACGUGCUGAAGGGCCGCGACCACAAGGGACGUAGAGUCCUCAUGGUCAAUGUCGGAGGGUCAUGGAACACGAAGAAGGUGAACGCGGAUCAGCUGUUCCGGCUGUUCUACCUCAUCCACGAGGCCGCCAUGCUGGAGCCCGAGUCGCAGGUGCGCGGCACCGUCGUCGUCAUGGACUUCCACGACAUGGGCUGGUCACAGACGAUGGCUCUCUCGCCAGCGUUCUCCAAGCGGCUGCUGACGUUCAUCCAGGACGCAAUGCCGCUGCGGCUGAAAGAGGUGCACUUCGUCAAGCAACCCAGGAUCUUCAGCGUCGUGUGGAAGAUGUUCAGCCCCUUCAUCAGGGAGAAGUUGCGAGCGAGGAUCUUCUUCCACGGGUCGGACAUGGAGUCGUUCCACAAGCACAUGGCUCCAUCGCACCUGCCCGCGGACUACGGCGGCCAGCUCGACGCCAUCGACUACUCCGGCGCGCAGUGGUACCCCGUCAUCAACGAGAUCCUCCCGCACAUCAACAACUGGAACUCCUAUGGCUUCGUCAAGAAAACGUAGACUGAUAACGUAUCUGUCGGUUAGUGUUGUUCUUGUAUUAAUUAGAUGCCAUUUACGAAUCAGUGCAAGCAAUCCAAAAGACAUUAGAAUAGGAUAGUAUAGUUACUGUUAAGAUAAUCUUAAGCUGUGUUCCUUAUUAAUAAGAUUUUAACUAUCAGUUUAGGAAGUAUCAAUAACAGCUAUUUUAAAAUUAUCACGGGAUUUUCUGACGUAUGUCUGGUGAGACAAGUGUGUGUGUGUGUGUGUGUGUGUAUGGAAAUUCAGAAAUUUUAUAAAAGCUUAUGGCUACUUGACACGUAACGUAACAAUUGAUUAGUGCGAUUUGAUUGAGGAAACGCAGAAUGGAAUUAGACGAAUAAGUUAAUAGACCAACAUUCUAGUAUAUUAUAUUGUAAAGCACAUAAAGUCUGAAGAAAUGCCAAAUAUUGAAGGCCUAUAAGUAUUUGUUAUAGAAUAUUGUAAUAUCUGUCAAAGUAUAUUUUAUGGUUAU